GCCACUUUCAAAAUAGGCGUUCUGGGGGGCCUUGGUUAGGGUCUUAGGGAUACACCCAGAGUCCAGACCCAGUAAUGACUAAUGAGUUAUGAGUAUGCUCUAAAACCCUUAACGAGCUGAGUUCUACUUCUGAGUCUGUGAAAUUGGAGAGAGAUAAAAGAUGUUGUAUCUCUGUGUAUUUUUCCAUAGAUUGUUAGAUUAUCGUAAAUCGGAAGUUGAAGCUCUUGCUGAGCUCUUUGGUGCUUUUACAGACCCCAACAAUGGCGAAAACCACUAUCUUCAUUGGAAACUUCCAGAUGAUUUCCAUCCUGAUUGUCCCUUUCACUUCGUCAAUAUCCCUUCUGAAGACAUUGCUCGCAACAUAGCUCAUCGAAGUAUACUUGUGAAGGGAAUGUAUGAGAUAUGGGGGGAAGGAAGUAGUUAUGAACAGCUAGAGGAGGCUGUGAAUGCCUAUCCUGAUGAGAGAAAGUCGCCGUAUUUGACAUCUGGAAGCACUUUCAAAGUAAAUAUUGACAGCUUUGGCAAGACUUUCAGCACCCAGGAACAAAAGAAACUCCUCGACAGGCUUGCUUUCAUUCCAUUCAAGGGCAAAGUGAAUCUUCGGAAUCCAGAUCAUGAUUUUUGGUUUAUAGAAAUUGAUAAUUAUGACUCUAAUAAUGGUCUGCCACCUAUUGUGGGGAAGAGAAUUUUCUUCGGACGAGAGAUUGGUGCAGCAGACAGAAAGCUCUUGCCAACUUAUCAGCUAAAAAGCCGUGUUUACAUAGGCCCAACAGCCAUGGAUGCUGAAUUGGCAUUUCUAAUGGCCAACCAAGGACUUGCUGCCCCCGGGAAGCUUGUAUAUGAUCCAUUUGUUGGCACUGGGAGUAUAUUGGUAGCUGCAGCGCAUUUUGGCGCAAUGACAAUGGGUGCAGAUAUAGAUAUAAGGGUGGUUCGUGAUGGACGAGGACCUGACCGUAAUGUUUGGAGUAAUUUUAAGCAGUAUGGUUUGCAAGAACCGAUAUCCUUGUUAAGGGCAGAUAAUAAUCUUCCUCCAUGGCGUGUUGGUCUUAAAGAGGUGUUUGAUGCGAUAAUUUGCGAUCCACCUUACGGUGUUCGUGCUGCGGGACGUAAAUCUGGAGGUAGGAAAUUGCUCAAGGGUGUUGUGGGCCCUUAUACAGUUCCUGACGACAAGAGAGCUGGCCACAUACCAUCAACUGCAGCAUAUAGCUUGGUUGAAUGUGUCCAUGAUCUGCUUGAUCUAGCUGCUAGGAUGCUUGUUAUGAGUGGAAGGCUUGUUUACUUCUAUCCUGUUCUUAGAGAAGAGAAUUCACCUCAUCCCACUUUUCCAGAACACCCAUGUUUCAAAUUAGUCGCUGUCUCCGAGCAAAUAAUUAGUUACCGCUAUAGCCGAGUGUUAUUGACAAUGGUGAAGGUAGCAACAUAUACCGAAGAAGUUGCUGAGGCAGCUAGAAUUAUGCAUUUAGAUUUCAAAGCAAACCAUUUGAAGUGGCUAGAAGAAGGCAAUCUUCACUCUGUCAUCUUUGCUCCUGCUACGGAUAAUCUCAAACAGGAAGAAAAUGGGGAUGAAAAGUUCUACAAAGAAUCGAAGCCCAAAUAUAGAGGGAAAUAUGUUUAGGGCAUGAUUUUGAGGUUGAUUUUUAGAUGUUGUUGCCCACUUUUGAUAUGUGUUUCCUCUUCAAGAUGCCAUCUCUAGGCCUAACCUGUUCAUCCAUAUUUUGUUGUCUGAUGUGCCGGUCUUGGGUUAGCCUUGGAAGUAAAAGAAUCCAAGUAUGCAACUUUGGCGCAUACUUAGUCCCCAGGGGGUUGCUAACAAGUAACACAUACACAAAUACUUCAAUGGUGGUUUUUUCUUCAGUAGAAACGUACUUUCUCUU